GUAUAAAUGAUUGAUAUGAGUAAUAAUCACAAAAACAAGGGAUUUGUACGAUUUUAAUUAAACAAGUUUUUAAAUUUGAAAUCACCAAAAAUCACAAUUAUUCUGGAGAUUAUUAGAUAUACAAAAAAGAUUUACGGUGUACAGACCGGUUAUUUAUAAUUUUUUUCACGAGAAAUCCAUUUGUAAUCUACUGUUCUGUAUAUUUAUUUUUCUUCUUCAUUUAUAAAACGCAAAAAGUAAAAAAAAAAUUGUUUCAUUAACACAAAUUGUUAAAUUUUCAUGUCAUAUUUAAAAUUUUGGAAUCUCAUAAGUAUUUUUUAAUGGAGACCAGAAGUAGAACAACGAAAUUGAUUGUUAAAAAUGUUGAGAUGCUAGAGAAUCAAAAAUUUGAUAAAUUUGAUAAAGUAAUUCAAUGGUUAGAGACUUUGCAUGAUAUUGAAUAUAAUCAACAUCAAAAGGAUUUGUCUCAAGGAAAUCCAUCGAACCAACAGAACUUGUCAUCACGAAUAGAGAAAAAUGAGGAUUUUUUUGAUUCAGAUUCAAGUGUAAAUACAGCACGAUAUAUUUUGAACAAUCGCAAAAAUAAGCGGAAAUCAUCAACACAAUGUCGAUCAAAAAUCAAAAAAUAUCGUGAAAAUGAUGUGCAAUUUGAAUAUGAUCAUAUUGAAGAUUUAGAAGAAAGCCCUGGACACAAAUUAAAACGAUUAAAAAUUGAUCCGAAACCUAAUAUGAAAUAUUGCUGUGUAACUGUUCAAAAGAUAAAUACAAACGAAAUAAACUUUAAUGGAACUUAAUUUCAUU